CGUAGCUAGAUCCAGAGCUCGGCGCCAGAGAUACCCGACAUCCUCGUCAUGUCUCCGGUUGCAAGCAAGGGAGUAGUGAUGGACGGUGCGGUGGCGGUGGCGGCAGUGGCCGCCGCCGUGCUGCUGUGCCUCCAUCUGCCGGCGGUGGCGCGAGGCCAGCUGCAGGUGGGGUUCUACAACACGAGCUGCCCCAACGCCGAGUCCCUGGUCCGCCAGGCGGUGGCCAGCGCGUUCGCCAACGACUCCGGCAUCGCCGCCGGCCUCAUCCGCCUCCUUUUCCACGACUGCUUCGUCAGGGGCUGCGAUGCGUCGGUGCUGCUGACCUCCGCCAACAACACGGCGGAGCGUGACGCGCCGCCCAACAACCCGAGCCUCCACGGGUUCCAGGUGAUCGACGCGGCGAAGGCGGCGGUGGAGCAGAGCUGCCCGCAGACGGUGUCGUGCGCGGACAUCGUGGCCUUCGCGGCGCGCGACAGCAUCAACCUCACGGGCAACCUGCCGUACCAGGUGCCCUCGGGCCGCCGGGACGGCAACGUCUCCCUCGACACGGAGGCCAACAGCAACCUGCCGGCGCCAACGUUCAACGCGUCCCAGCUGGUGGCCAGCUUCGCGGCCAAGAACCUCACCGACGAGGAGAUGGUCAUCCUCUCCGGCGCCCACACCGUCGGCCGCUCCUUCUGCACAUCGUUUCUCGCGCGCAUCUACAACGGAUCCACCCCGAUCGUUGACUCUGGCCUGAGCGCCGGGUACGCCACACUGCUGCGCGCGCUGUGCCCGUCCAACGCCAACUCGUCCACGCCCACGACCACGGUGAUCGACCCCAGCACGCCGGCGGUGCUGGACAACAACUACUACAAGCUGCUGCCGCUCAACCUGGGCCUCUUCUUCUCCGACAACCAGCUGCGCGUCAACUCCACGCUCAACGCCUCCGUCAACAGCUUCGCCGCCAACGAGACGCUCUGGAAGGAGAAGUUCGUCGCCGCCAUGGUCAAGAUGGGAAACAUCCAGGUGCUCACGGGGACCCAGGGCCAGAUCAGGCUCAACUGCAGCAUCGUCAACAACGGCUCGUCGUCGGUGGGGAUCCAGCAGAUGACAGUGCCCAACUCCUACUCUGGCGCCACCGCGUCCCUUGAUGAUGAGAUCGCCACGAGCUGAUCUAGAUCGGCGCGGUGUGAUGUGAUGAUAGAUAUUUGCAUUGUGUGUCCAUCUUUAGGCUAUUAAUUAGUACGUUUGCUCCCGGUACGCGCGAGAGUGCGUAGUUCGUGUGUCAUUCAUAUGCGCGUACACGAGAUUUCCAGUAUCACCAUGCAUGUAUCCCGUGAAUCAUCAUCAGUAAAUAAAACUGGUGCUCUUUGAGAGUCUAUUAUUAUC